AAAUAAUAAUACAAACAGUUGUGAGUGUGGAACUGGUAAGUGUUUGUAGUGAAAUGUCGGACUGGACGAAAGAAGCAGUGGAAUAUUUAAUUGAGACUUACAAAAAGCACGAAGUUCUGUAUAAUAGCAAACUUCCGGGAUAUCUGAAUAAACACUCCAGAAAAUAUGCUUUAGAAAAAGUAGUUGUUGAAGUUAAGAAGGUGCGCCCUCAAACAACAGUGGACGAUGUAAAAAAAAAAAUUUCUUUCAUUGCGGACUCACUAUGGUCAUGAGCUUCAAAAAUUACAGCAAAGUCAACGAAGUGGUGCUGCAGCUGACAGUGUUUACAGACCUACAGUAUGGUGGUUUCCUCUGAUGGGUUUCGUGAAAGACCACAUCCAGGCCAGAAAAGGAGAGUCAACAAUGCCUUCUUCGUUGCAAUGCAGAGAGCCAGCAUCAGCGAAUGUAUCUGGAACACUGCUGACUGUAGAGGAUGAAGAAACACAGAUUUUUUCACAAUCAUUGCCUGCCAGUGAUCUCACCCACGAACAGUCUAUUCCAGUAGAUCACGAAGAAACAAUUGAUGUGUGCAUGCAAGAGGUUCCAGAUGAAGGGACAGUUACUGCCUAUGAUUUGUCGCCUGCCCCUUCCGGUUCAUCUAGUAUAAAUUCUGGACCAAGUAGGAAAAGAAGGAAAGUGAAUAGCGACAUGGCACCACUUUUUGAAAAAGCAGAUACAAUUUUGAAUACUGUGCAGUCCAGACUUGGCUCCCAGUCACGCUCAGAAUCCGGCACGCAAUUGUUUGUCAGAUUUUUGGCUGAACAGCUUGAAAAGAUUCACGAUGAAGAGUUAAGGCUGGUAACACAACACAAACUGCAAACAGUUGUGAUGGAAGCGCAACUACAAGAUAUGCGGAAACGCCGACCAACGAACAAUAUAACCUAUCCCGAAUAUUAAAUAAUUUUGUUAAGAAAAGUGUGCAAGAUAAAUGUAACAUAUUUGUUUGUAUUUUAAAUUGUAUUUAUUUUCAUCCUGUUUUCCAAACUUUUGUUACCUAUUUAUGUUUACUUACCUUUAAAUAAUCGUCUUUUAAGGCAUCAUAAAUAGCUCUACAGGUAGAUGGAAUGAUUCCGCUCAAUGUGGACGCAGGUAUUCUGUAUGCAAAGCUCAAACUUUGGUAAGUUUCGCCCGUUGCCAAAAACCUCAAUGUAACAGACAACCUGAAAAUAUAAUAUACUUGCUGUAACUCAUUCAA